UAUUAAUUCCAAUCGCUCAUUUUUUUUUCUAUUUUCUCUCUCUCAUUUUUUUUUUCCUUUGUCACUUACUCCAUCGAAAGAAGCUGAAGGAAACCAUUAGAACCCAGAUCUUGUAUCGUAAACCCUAGAAUUCAAGACAGAACUUCAGGCGUUUGAUCUGAUCAGCUUGGUUGAUCUUGGCGAAAUAGUGAUGGUCUGGAAUGGCCAUCUGUUUCCUGAUUGUUGGCUUAUGAAACUGUAAUUGUAGUAUAAAUCUUGGUGGUAAGCAUGAACAUUGUGAAGGGUGUAGCCGACCUUAUUCGUCGGACAUCUAGUGGCCAAACUGGAGAUUCACCAGGGGCACAAGGGGAGAGGUUGUCUCCUCCAACUCCAAGGAUCUGCUUCAGUGAAGUGGAUGAUGAGGCAGUUUUGAGUACACUGUGGGAGAGAUAUGAGAACACUGUUGAUAAGGUGGAAAAGAAAAAGUUGUUUCAGGUUUUCCUCAAGCAAUUUCUGACAGUAUUCAAGAACUGGGAGCCUGUUAAUGGUGGCCAGUUGCCAGAGGCGGCUGCUUCAACAACUGUUCAAGCUGCAGAGUAUUUAACAAGUGUUAAUGAUGUAGUUGUUGGCUGCUCUGCUGGGCAUCCAGCUGAAAUCAUUUUGACUUUGACUGAAGAGAUCAUGCAAUUAACCAAAUUGGUUUCUGAGUUAAAUAAUGGUGUGGGACGCACAGCAACCGACAUUCCAGCAGCUUCCAUAAUCUUGAUUAUCACUUCUGAAGGAUUACCUGUUUUGGAUGCUUUAAAAGUUAUUACUCGUUCGAUGCAUAAUUGCAGAGUUUUUGGCUACUAUGGUGGGAUUCAGAAACUUACAGCAUUAAUGAAAGGGGCAGUUAUCCAACUCAAAACAAUGACUGGGGCACUUUCUGCUGAUGAAAAUUUUUCUAAUUUGAUAGCAGAGAAAACAGGGUUCUUGCAGCGAGUACUUGUAUAUGUGGUUUCAAUCAUAUGUAGCUUUAUUGAUUUAAAUUCAAAUGUAUAUGAGAAAGCUCAAUUGUACAGUAAUACCGAAGAUUUUCCUGUAAUUGGUGCUUCAUCUUCAAUUGAAUUUUCUAAUAGUUUAAAGGGUCCUCUUUCUGAAACAAGACUACAUUGGCAUCAGAAGGCAGUUGUCUCAGUAAUGGAAGCUGGUGGCCUUAAUUGGUUAGUAGAGUUGUUGCGUGUCAUCAGAAGAUUGAGUAUGAAAGAACAGUGGACAGAUAUGUCACUUCAGUGCUUGACAUUAAGAACCCUUUGUUUUGCAUUAUCUGAUAAUCCACGUGGUCAAAAUCAUUUCAAAAGCAUUGGGGGGCUUGAAGUUCUAUUGGAUGGACUUGCACUUCCAUCAAUUAAUAUGCUACUCUUAAAGAGUACCUCACAUGUUGAUGGACAAAGAGAGCAGAAUACCAUGCUGAAAAUUUUCCAGCUCCAUGUCCUUUCUUUGGAAGUUCUUAGGGAGGCUGUCUUUGGCAAUGUGAAUAACCUACAGUUUCUAUGUGAAAAUGGAAGAGUUCAUAAAUUCGCAAAUAGCUUUUGUUCACCUGCUUUCAUGCUUCAAGAGUACAAGCAGCAGAUGAAGGAUUCAGUUCCACAGGAUGGCAGUCAAACAUCCAUUGACAAUAAUGCUAAAAGUGGUUUGGCAGAGCCUUCUGCUCCUUUAUCUGAGAAGGCUUCUUAUCAUCAACUUUGGAAUGAUUGUGUUGUCGAGUUGAGCGGAGUACUAAGCUCAUUCCUUCUUGCUCCAGAAGAUGUUAAAUUUCUUCAUGGCCAAGGAACCUCUGGUCGGAUUCCCAUGCCAAUUUCUUCAGUUUAUGCCGAACUUUCAAUUAAAUGGGUCAUGAGGGUUCUUCUUACAGUUUUCCCAUGCAUAAAGGCUUGUUCAAAUCAAAAUGAAUUGCCAAACCAUUUAUGGGUGUUUGUCAGUACCUUGCAGCGUUGUGUUCUUAAUGCUUUCAGGAAGGUUCUUGUUUCAUCACCAGCAUUACUUGAAGUGUUUCGUAAAGAGGGAAUUUGGGAUCUUAUCUUCUCUGAGAACUUUUUCUAUUUUGGGCCAGCUUCAGAAGAAUUUUCUGAAGAGUUUAGUCCAUACCAUGAGGAGUCUCCAGAAAAGCUUGAAAAAUGUUCUGCUUCUGGUAACAAUUCUGUUCAACUAAAAUUUAGUGGGGUUGAAAUUAUUCUGAUGGAAGUGAUUUCACUUGUGGAAUUAGCAGCAACUUCUAAUGGGAGUGUCCAUAACUUGCCUGAAUUGUCUGCAUUAUUGGAAGCUCUUGAACAGUCUGCUUGUAAUCCUGAGAUUGCUAGUGUUCUUGCAAAAAGUCUGCUUCGGAUAUUACAGCUUUCAGCCGAAAAAACUAUUGCUUCCUUUAAGGCACUCAAUGCAGUUUCCAGGGUUCUCAAAGUUGCUUGCAUUCUAGCCCAAGAAUCUAGAAGGUCAGGAAAUUUGAGCCCUGUGAUUGAGAAUAAUUCUUUGGAAGCGUUUCGACCUCAUGGUUAUCAGAGACUUGAUUCAAGUGAGACAUCCCAAAGUUGGAUCAAAUGCAUGGAAACAUGCAUGGAUCUCUUUAUGGAAUUUUUCUCCGUAGCAGAUGAUGCUAGAAGUUUGGUUUUGCAUGAUUCUACCUGCAUUGAUUGUUUGUUUGAAUUGUUUUGGGAAGAAGGUCUGAGAAAUCAUGUUCUUAGAUACAUUUUUGACCUCAUGAAGAUUGUAACACUAUCUGAAGAAGAUCGAAAAGCGAUAUCGUACUUAUGUUCAAAAUAUUUAGAAACCUUCACUCUUAUAAGGGAGCGUGAAAAAAGCUUUGCUGAACUGUCUAUCAAUCUAUUGGUUGGAAUGAUAGAUAUGCUCCAGAGUGAUCCAGUGCAUUACCAGGCUUUAUUUCGAGAUGGAGAAUGCUUUUUGCAUGUUGUCUCUUUACUAAAUGGCAAUCUUGAUGAGGCAAAUGGAGAGAGGUUGGUUUUGAUUGUUUUACAAACUCUUACCUGUCUACUUGCAAGCAAUGAUGCCUCAAAGGCAGCAUUUAGAGCUCUUGUUGGCAAGGGUUAUCAGACAUUGCAAAGUUUGCUGUUAGACUUCUGCCAAUGGCAUCCAAGUGAAGCACUUUUAAAUGCACUUCUUGAUAUGCUUGUUGAUGGAAAGUUUGAAAUAAAAGGGAGCCUUCAUAUAAAGAAUGACGAUGUUAUCAUACUGUUUUUGAGUGUUCUACAGAAGAGCAGUGAGUCUUUGCGGCAUUAUGGUCUCAGUGUGUUUCAGCAGCUGCUCAGGGAUUCCCUUUCCAAUCGAGCUUCAUGUGUUGCGGCAGGAAUGCUUAAUUUCCUUCUUGAUUGGUUCGUUGAAGAAGAUGAUGACAGUGUCAUUUUGAAAAUUGCACAACUGAUUCAGGUUAUUGGUGGCCAUAGCAUAUCUGGGAAGGAUAUUCGCAAGAUCUUUGCUCUCCUCCGAAGUGAGAAAGUGGGGACUCAACAGCAGUACUGCUCAUUGUUAUUGACCACUGUUUUGUCAAUGCUAAAUGAGAAGGGGCCAACUGCCUUCUUUGAUCUCAACGGGAAUGAUUCUGGAAUCGUAAUUAAGACACCCGUGCAAUGGCCUCUCAACAAGGGUUUUUCUUUUUCAUGUUGGCUUAGGGUUGAGAACUUCCCGGGGGAUGGAGCAAUGGGCCUUUUCAAAUUUCUCACAGAAAAUGGAAGAGGGUGCUUAGCAGCAGUAGCAAAGGACAAACUUAUUUAUGAGUCUAUCAAUCUGAAACGACAGAAUAUCCAGAUGCAUGUUAAUCUAGUCAGGAAGAAAUGGCAUUUUCUUUGUAUUACUCAUUCCAUUGGAAGAGCAUUUUCUGGGGGUAGCCUAUUGAGAUGUUAUCUUGAUGGUGAUCUUGUAUCUUCUGAAAGAUGCAGAUAUGCAAAAGUCAAUGAAUUAUUGACUAGUUGCUCCAUUGGUACAAAGAUCAUCUUGCCUCAAAAUGAAGAAGAUAAUACCCUGGACUCCAUCAAGUAUUCGUUUCCUUUUCUUGGUCAGAUUGGUCCAGUUUAUUUGUUUUGUGAUGCCAUUUCUUCUGAGCAAGUCAAGGCUGUACAUUCUCUUGGACCAAGCUAUAUGUAUUCUUUCCUUGAUAAUGAAGCUACUGCAUUUGGGGAUAACCCAUUGCCUAGUGGAAUUCUUGAUGCAAAAGAUGGUCUUGCGUCCAAAAUUGUAUUUGGACUCAAUGCACAGGCAAGUGAUGGCAAGAAAUUGUUUAAUGUCUCACCUGUACUGGAUCAUGCAUUGGAUAAGAAUUUAUUUGAAGCAACUAUUAUGGUUGGUACACAGUUAUGCUCUAGACGCUUGCUUCAAGAGAUAAUUUACUGUGUUGGGGGUGUAUCUGUGUUUUUCCCUCUUAUCACUCAGUCUGAUAGAUAUGAAAAUGAUGAAAGUGGAGUUUUGGAAAGUACACUGCUCCUGCCUGUUGCAAAAGAGCGUCUGACCGCUGAAGUUAUUGAGCUUAUUGCUUCUGUUUUAGAUGAUAAUUUAGCAAAUCUGCAACAAAUGCAUCUUCUUUCUGGAUUUUCAAUCCUGGGGUUUUUAUUGCAAUCACUUCAACCUCAGCAUCUCAAUAGUGAAACACUCUCUGCAUUGAAGCAUUUGUUUCAUGUUGUAUCUUCCUGUGGAUUGGCAGAGCUGCUCAUGAAAGAAGCCGUAUCUGCCAUUUUUCUUAAUCCCCUUAUCUGGCUGUACACAGUUUACAAUGUGCAGCGUGAUCUGUACAUGUUUCUCAUUGAACAAUUUGAUAAUGAUCCGAGGUUGCUUAAAAGUUUGUGCCGGCUCCCACGUGUUAUUGACAUUGUACGGCUGUGUUACUGGGAUAAUGUGAAAUCUCGGUUUGCUAUUGGAGGCAAGCCUCUUUUACAUCCUAUUACUAAACAAGUUAUUGGAGAAAGACCUGGUAGAGAAGAAAUACGUAAAAUUCGUCUUCUUUUAUUAAGUCUUGGUGAAAUGAGCCUCAGGCAAAACAUUGCACCAGCUGAUAUAAAAGUUCUUAUAGCUUUUUUUGAAACAAGCCAAGAUAUGACAUGCAUUGAGGAUGUUUUACAUAUGGUUAUACGUGCUGUUACUCAAAAAUCAUUGCUUGUUUCCUUCCUUGAACAAGUAAAUCUGAUAGGUGGCUGUCACAUUUUUGUCAAUCUGCUACAGAGGGAAUAUGAACCCAUCAGAUUGCUUGGCUUACAGUUUCUAGGAAGACUUUUGGUUGGUUUUCCAUCAGAGAAAAAGGGGCUAAGAUUUUUCAAUCUUGCUGUUGGAAGAUCAAAAUCUCUUUCAGAAAACAACAAGAAAAUUAGCUCAAGGAUGCAACCACUCUUCUCAGCUAUAUCUGACAGGUUGUUUAAAUUUCCACAGACGGAUAAUUUGUGCGCCACCUUGUUUGAUGUUCUUCUCGGUGGUGCUAGCCCCAGACAGGUGUUACAGAAAAACAGCCUGGUUGACAAGCAGAGGGGCAGAGGAAAUAAUUCUCACUUUUUCCUUCCUCAGAUCUUGGUUCUGAUUUUCAGAUUCCUAUCCAGCUGCAAAGAUGCAUCUGCAAGAAUGAAAAUAAUUAGUGAUCUACUUGACCUUCUUGAUUCAAAUCCUCUGAAUAUAGAAGCUUUAAUGGAAUAUGGUUGGAAUGCUUGGUUAACAGCUUCUGUGAAACUUGAUGUGGUAAAAGACUAUAGGCCUGAUUCAAGAUAUCAAGGUGACUAUGAAACAAAUGAGCAAAAUCUUGUGAGGAGGGUUUUUUGUAUUGUUCUUUGUCACUAUAUACAUUUUAUAAAAGGUGGCUGGCAACAAUUAGAGGAGACGGUGAAUUUUCUACUUCUGCAGUGUGGGCAAGGUGGCAUAUCAUGUCAAUACCUGCUUUGUGACAUAUAUGACAAUUUAAUUCAAAGGCUGGUAGAUAUAUCUGCCGAGGAGAAUAUUUUUAGUUCACAGCCUUGUCGGGACAAUACAUUAUACUUUCUGCGACUGGUUGAUGAGAUGCUUAUCUCUGAAUUUGGCAAUAAACUUCCGUUUCCUACAAAUAGCUCUGAGUCUUCUCUGAAUUCUUUAGAGGUAGAAAGCCAGAAAGAUUAUACCACUAUGCUGCAUGAGGUCUUGCAAGGAGAAUUUGAUGACAAAGUGUCUGGAAAUCCAAGAGCUUCCAGGCAGCCAAUAUCGAGUGAAGAUGGCAUAACUGAUGAUAAGUGGUGGAAUUUAUUUGACAAUAUAUGGAUUGUUAUUAGUGAGAUGAAUGGAAAGGGUUCAAGCAAGAUGAUGCCUAGAAUUUCAGCUUCUGUUGGGCCAUCUUUUGGCCAAAGAGCACGUGGCUUGGUAGAAUCUCUUAACAUUCCUGCUGCAGAAAUGGCUGCUGUUGUUGUAUCUGGAGGCAUUGGCAAUGCAUUGAGUGGAAAACCAAACAAAAAUGUUGAUAAAGCCAUGGCUUUAAGGGGGGAAAGGUGUCCAAGAAUUGUAUUUCGACUUUUAAUCCUAUACCUCUGCAGAUCUUCCCUUGAAAGAGCAUCGCGCUGUGUCCAACAAUUCAUCUCACUUUUGCCUUCCCUUUUGGCCACUGAUGAUGAGCAAAGCAAGAGUAGACUGCAGCUUUUCAUCUGGUCUUUGCUUGCUGUAAGAGCCCAGUAUGGAAUGUUAGAUGAGGGUGCUCGUUUUCAUGUAAUAGCACAUGUGAUUCGAGAAACUGUAAAUUCUGGAAAGUCAAUGCUUGCUACUAGCAUGGUUAGUAGGGAUGACUCAUUUGAUUCAAGCAGCCACUUGAAAGAAACAGGCUCCAUUCACAAUCUAAUUCAGAAGGAUCGAGUGCUUUCUGCUGUUUCUGAUGAGUCUAAGUAUGUAAAGAUGUUAAAAUCCGACCGUAGCAGACAGUUGCAGGAGCUUCAUGCUAGGAGGGAUGAAAAUUCCUUUUUAGAUAUUAAUAACCAGAAGGCAUUUGAAGAUGAGAUACAAAGUAGCUUAGUCACUAUUCUUGCUUCAGAUGAGAGCAGAAGGGCCGCAUUCCUGCUUGCCCAUGAGGAGGAGCAGCAAAUUGUUGCUGAAAAAUGGAUGCGCAUGUUUCGUACUUUGAUCGAUGAAAGGGGUCCAUGGUCUGCUAAUCCAUUUCCGAAUGGGGCUGUGACACAUUGGAAACUUGACAAGACGGAAGAUACUUGGCGGCGUAGACCAAAAUUAAGACGGAACUAUCAUUUUGAUGAAAAGCUGUGUCAUCCUCCUUCCACUUCCUCUGGAAAUGAGGCUACUCUUCCCUGUAAUGAGAGCAAAUCUAGUUUUGUGGGGCACAUUCCUGAGCAAAUGAAGCAGUUUCUGCUCAAAGGUGUACGCAGGAUAACUGAUGAGGGGAGCUCAGAACCUGGUGAGAGUGAUGCUGAACCAUGUGGGCUGGUGGUUAUCCCUGAGGAUUCUUCAGAUAGUCAAAGCUUGGAAGUAGUUAAAAACAGCAAUGAUCAGAUCAACAUUGUGCAAGACAGAAAAGAGUUAUGUUCACCUUCUCCAGACACGGAAACUAGUGAGGUUCUUAUGUCACUUCCAUGUGUGCUUGUGACUCCAAAAAGAAAAUUGGCAGGUCAAUUGGCAGUCAUGAAAGAUGUCUUGCAUUUCUUUGGUGAAUUUUUGGUUGAAGGUACUGUAGGGUCUUCAGUUUUCAAGAACUUAAAUGCAUCAAGCCAGUCUGAGUCAGCAAAGGCUGAUCAAAAGCUGAAGUCUUUUAAGUGGGCCAUUUAUCUUGAUGUGAAUUCUGAGAAAGGGACUACUCCUGACAAUAUAGAGGCAGAAAUUUUGCAUAAAAAACAAUUAAAAAAUGUUAAGCGCCAUCGGAGAUGGAAUAUUAGCAAGAUUAAAGCUGUUCACUGGACUCGGUAUUUGCUUAGAUACACUGCGGUUGAGAUUUUCUUCAGUGAUUCGGUUGCUCCCAUAUUUAUGAAUUUUGCAUCACAGAAGGAUGCGAAGGAGAUUGGAACCCUGAUAGUUUCUACCAGAAAUGAGCUGUUGUUUCCAAGAGCAAGUAGUAGGGACAAGAGUGGCACUAUUUCAUUUGUUGAUAGACGUGUUGCACUGGAAAUGGCUGAAGCUGCUAGGGAGAGCUGGAGGAGAAGGGAUAUAACAAACUUUGAGUAUCUGAUGAUUCUCAACACACUUGCAGGAAGAUCUUAUAAUGAUUUGACUCAAUAUCCUGUCUUUCCUUGGAUUUUGGCUGAUUACUCAUCCGAGGUUCUUGAUUUUAACAAGUCAUCAACUUUUCGGGAUCUCUCCAAGCCUGUAGGAGCACUGGACUCGAAACGGUUUGAGGUGUUUGAAGACAGGUAUCGUAACUUUUGUGAUCCCGAUAUACCCAGUUUCUACUAUGGGUCUCAUUACUCGAGCAUGGGGAUUGUGCUAUAUUACCUCCUUCGAUUAGAACCUUUCACGUCUCUUCACCGUAAUUUACAGGGUGGUAAAUUUGACCAUGCGGAUCGUCUUUUUCAAGGCAUUGAAGGCACAUAUCGGAAUUGCCUUUCUAAUACAAGCGAUGUGAAGGAGUUGAUCCCUGAGUUUUAUUACAUGCCUGAGUUUCUUAUAAAUUCGAACUCUUAUCAUCUAGGGGUGAAGCAAGAUGCUGAACCCAUAAGUGAUGUUUCUCUCCCUCCCUGGGCUAAGGGUUCACCUGAAUUGUUCAUAAGUAAAACCAGAGAGGCCCUUGAAAGCGAGUAUGUUAGCUCAAAUCUGCAUCACUGGAUUGAUUUGGUAUUUGGUUACAAGCAGCGUGGAAAACCAGCAGUGGAGGCUGCAAAUAUCUUCUAUUAUUUAACUUAUGAAGGUGCUGUUGAUCUGGACACUAUGGAUGACGAGCUGCAGAGAUCAGCAAUUGAAGAUCAAAUUGCCAAUUUUGGCCAGACACCAAUCCAGAUUUUCCGAAAAAGACACCCAAGAAGAGGGCCUCCAAUUCCAAUUGCUCAUCCGUUGUGUUUUGCACCUGCUUCAAUUAAUUUGACAUCUGUUGUUUCUUGUAUGAGUUAUCCCCCAUCAGCUGUGUUGUAUGUUGGAUUACUGGACUCGAACAUUGUCAUUGUGAACCAGGGGCUUACUUUGUCUGUUAAGAUGUGGUUGACAACCCAACUCCAAUCUGGUGGAAAUUUCACCUUCUCAGGUUCUCAGGAUCCUUUCUUUGGAGUUGGUUCUGAUAUUCUUUCCCCUCGUAAAAUUGGGAGUCCUCUGGCAGAAAUUGUUGAACUUGGAGCACAAUGCUUUGCGACAAUGCAAACAGCAUCUGAGAACUUUUUAAUCUCAUGUGGCAAUUGGGAAAACAGCUUCCAAGUCAUAUCUUUGAGUGAUGGAAGAAUGGUGCAGAGUAUUCGGCAGCACAAAGAUGUUGUCAGCUGUGUUGCAGUGACAGCUGAUGGAAGCAUUCUUGCUACUGGAAGUUACGACACUACGGUCAUGGUGUGGGAAGUUCUUCGCGUCAGAGUCCCUGAAAAGAGAGUUCGAAACUUGCAUACAGAAGUUCCCCGUAAAGACUGUAUCAUUGCUGAAACUCCCUUUCAUAUUCUGUGUGGUCAUGAUGAUAUAAUUACAUGCUUGUAUGUUAGUGUGGAGCUUGACGUAGUUAUUAGUGGGUCAAAAGAUGGAACUUGUGUUUUCCAUACCUUGCGAGAUGGAAGAUAUGUAAGAUCUUUAAGACAUCCAUCGGGCAGUGCAUUGUCAAAACUUGUUGCUUCUCGGCAUGGACUGAUUGUACUUUAUGCUGAUGGUGAUCUCAGUUUACACCUCUAUUCUAUUAAUGGAAAACAUCUUGCCUCUUCCGAAUCCAAUGGGCGCCUUAACUGUGUUGAACUCAGUGGGUGUGGUGAGUUCUUGGUUUGUGCUGGUGAUCAAGGACAGAUUGUCGUUCGCUCUAUGAACACACUUGAGGUUGUGAAAAGAUAUAAUGGAGUAGGGAAGAUGAUAACAUCCCUAACUGUGACUCCAGAAGAAUGCUUCUUGGCCGGGACAAAAGAUGGAAGUCUUCUCGUUUAUUCUAUAGAAAAUCCUCAACCAGGCAAAGCUGGCCUUCCCCGGAAUCCAAAAACCAAAGGUACUAUAACUGGUUAAGCUAUGAUUCAGGAUGGUAAUGACGGUUUUGACCACUAGGGCCUGAUUGGUGACACUGAUCUCAGAAUGCCAACGAAAAUUAUAGUCAUUCCUCCAUUUGGCUAGAAUUGAUAUUGGAGCCAUAUUUCAUCUAUAUGUUUAGCCCAUGAAGAUGAAGAAUGCUAUUGAAUGUUUCAGCAUCGUUGAGCAUUAUAUCCAACAUAAAUGAUUCUUACCCUUGUGUAACAUUUAAGGGAUAGGCAGAUCUUUCAGAAUGCUGUUGAAGAUGAGAUGCUUCCUUUUAGCUGUUCAAUUUUCUUUUAGUUCAUAACAAGGAGCUGAGACAGAAAUCUGGAUAUUAACAUAUAUAUGUACAAUAAUCUCUUUCAAGGUUAGGUUUCCAUUGUUUUUGUAUUACCAAGAGCAGCAUCUCAGACGGCUCAUAGUUUUGUUUUUCAAAAUAGCAAAAUGUCAAGUCUUAACCAUACGUUGUACAGAUGGGCUACAAUGCCUGAUUCUAUAGUGAAUGGAAAUUAUUAUUCUUUCCAAGUA